ACAGCUACAACACAAACGUAGAACACAAAUCCGGAUCGGGUUGGACGGAAAACAGGAAACAAACAAAUUCUUUGAUCUGCCGUAAUAAAUUGGCUGAUUAACAAAGAGGUUUUUUCGUUGGCGUCCGAACAUCAUCAAAGAAUUUGUUUCCGACGCGGAACGGUUCAGGAUGGCCCCCAAACCCAAGCCGGAUGUUCCUGCCGACUGCGUAGUCUGCGGCAAAGUGAAGGGUGACGACGCUGAGACGGUGGAGUGCGAAGCUUGCCGGCUUUGGGCACAUUCGGCAUGCGCUGGAGAAACGGGAAAAGUUGAGAACUACUUUUGCCCGAACUGUUCUCAGUCGCUGCAAGUGCCAAAGACCCGGAAGAACGCCAAGAAGCCGAAGAGCGAUGCGGGCACUACUUUCGGCGCUGCUGACCUGCCAAAGGACGUGCUGGAACAGUUGGAGUUGGAAAGAGUGGAGCGGGAGAAGAAGAUGGCCCAGGAGGUGAUGAUUCGUAUGAAGCGGAUCGAGAUGGAGAAGAAAUUUGCCGAGCAGGAGCUCUGGAUCGAGAGAGAAAUGCAGGAGAGGGAGUUUGCGGCGGAGAAAGAGGUGCGCGCGCUGAAGCUCAAGAUGGAGCAGGAGAUUUUGGAUAGGCAGAAGGCUGCGGAGGAAGAGUUCCUCGCGAAGCAGAAGGAGCUCAAGAAGCUCGUCAAGAAGAGCAAGCAGAAGCUUGAGAAGGCCGCGGUGGAUCCACCGGCUGGCAAGGGCGAGGGAGCGGGCGCGGGCUCGACGGACACUCCGAAGGGGGUUCUAGGAAAGCCGAAGAUACCCGUCCCCAAAUUCAGCGAUUCCGAUCCCGACAGCAGUGGUGAUGAGAGCGACGAGAAGGAGGACCCGAUGACACCGGUUUCUGAAUCGCGCGAGGUCUCUGACGGGCCGGGGAAACCGGUCACGAAGUUGACGAAGGAGCAAUUGGCGGCUAGACAAGCCAUGUUGCGACAUCUGCCGAAGUUCUCCGGGGAGCCGGAAGUGUGGCCUCUCUUCAUAAGCAGCUUCAAGUACACCACUGAAGCCUGCGGAUUCACGAAUGUAGACAACUUGAAGAGAUUGGUGGAUUGUCUCGAAGGGCCAGCGCUGACAUUGGUGUAGGGUCGG